AUGUGUAAGUGGCGUAAUCGCGAUCUAUCUAUCUAUCUAUCUCAGUCUCUUCAUAUCUAUCUAUCUAUCUAUCUAUCUAUCUAUCUAAUACUAAAAGUCUUCUCAAUCCCUCCUUUAAUAUUUCUCUCCCUGUCUAUCUCACUCACUCACUCACUAACUAAUCAGCUUACUCGUUUUCUACAUUCAACCUUUCUAUCCAUCAUUUUUAUUGGCUUCUUCUUUCUUUCUUUCUUUCUUUCUUUCUUUUUUCUCUUUCUUCUUUUCACAUUUUCCUUCCUUUCUUUUUUCUUUCUUCCUUCCUUUUCGUUCUCCCUUUCUUCUUUUUUUCUUUCCUCUUUUCGCAGAAUUCCUCUCAUAUCUCAUUCUCUUCCUCUCAUUUAUGUUUCUUUCUUCUUUGCUUUUUUCUUUCUUUUUUCUCUUUCCUCUUUUGAAAGUUUUCCUUUCAUUUUUCUUUCUUCCUUUCUUCUUUUCUUUUCGUAUUCCUUUUUUUCUUUCUUUUUUCACAUUCCUCUUUUCACCGUUUUCUUAUUUUUCUUUCUUUCUUUCUUUCUUUCUUUCUUUCAUUCUUUUCUUUCUUUCUUUCUUUUUCCUUUUUCUUCUUCCUCUUUCUUUUCACAGUAUUCCCAUCAUAUCUCUUUCUUUAUUCUAUUCUUUCUUUCUUUCUUUCUUUCUUUCUUUCUUUCUCAUCUUUUCGGUGUCUUCCUCUCAUUUCUCUUUCUUUCUUUUUUUAUUUUCUUUCUUGCUAUCUUUCAUUCUUUUUCCUCUUUCUUCCUUUCACAGUAUUCCUCUCUUUUCUCUUUCUUUCUUUUUUAUUUCCGUCUUUUCUUUCUUUCUUUCUUUCUUUCUUUCUUUUUCAUCUUUCUUCUUUUUGCAGUCUUCCACUACUUUCUCUUUCUUUCUUUUUUACUUUCUUUCUUUUUGCUCUUUUCUCUUUUCGCAAUCUUUCUGUCUUGUCUUGAUCUCUCUUUCGUUUUUCUUUCUUUCAUUUUCUACUCUUUCAUUUUUCAUAUUUCUCUUCGCAAUUUUUCUCUCUUUUUCUGUUUUUUUUUCUUUCUAUCUUCCUUUCAUUUUUCUUUUUUUCUUUUUAUCUCCCUCUCAAAUUUUCUUUUUUCCCACCUUUCUUUCAUUUUUCUCCUUCAUUUGUUCGUAUUCUUUUCCCUUCUUCCUUUCGUUCGCAAUCUUUCUGUCAGUUUUCCUCAAGAAAUAGAACAAGGUCCUCUUGAACAUGGCGAUAAAACACACUUCUCUUUUGUCGACACAUAA